AUGACAACGGUCAUAGACCUCUCUGAGGCCCUGCAGAUCACGCUUGAGAAGCUCAAGGCGUUGGUCGGGCACGAGCAAGUGACUCUUAUAAUGGCGCAAGCCCCGGAUCGCAAUCCGUACACGUGUGAAGGCCUUCUUGAGCUUUGA